GUGGGAAUGGAGAGGGAGUGAACGCACUUUUAUCAUUCAGUGGUGGUGUGGACGUUACUAUCGUGUGAGCGAGUGAGGAGGUUGGAAUGAACGUAUUGCAGCUGCGAUCGAAGCUUUAAUGUUUUCGAAAGUCUACAGGGCUACAUCAGAGAGGUGAAUGCUGAGGCCCAUCCCCCUGGGAAGGGAACGAGCAAAGAAGCCUUGUGAAUAUUUGUUGAAACAGUAGCUGCACCACGGUCUGAGUCCCCCUCAAAACCCUCUGGAUCCCCCUUGAAUGUGAAUAACAAGAUGGGGAAUGGAUUAUCAGAUCAGGUCUUUCCUAGCCUUCCUCCCUUCCAAGCCCUCCAUAUUGUCAUCCUGGGUCUGGACUGCGCGGGGAAGACGACCGUCCUGUACCGCCUUCGCUUCAACGAGUUCGUCAACACUGUCCCCACGAAGGGGUUCAACACGGAGAAGAUCAAAGUGUCCCUCAGCGCCGGUGGAAAGACCAGGCGGAAGGCGGCAUUCCACUUCUGGGACGUGGGUGGUCAAGAGAAGCUCCGCCCCCUCUGGCGCUCGUACACUAGGUGUGCCGACGGCAUUGUGUUUGUGGUGGAUUCCGUAGACACAGAGCGCCUGGAGGAGGCCAAGACCGAACUCCAUAAGAUCACGAGGUUAGCGGAGAACCAGGGCGUGCCAGUUCUGGUGGUGGCCAACAAGCAGGACCUGAGGAACUCUCUCCCACUUAACGAGAUGGAGAGUUCGCUGGCGCUGGGGGAGCUGGGUAAUGGAACGCCAUGGUACCUGCAGCCCGCCUGCGCCAUUAUAGGGGAGGGGCUACAGGAAGGCCUCGAGAAGCUCUACGCCAUGAUCAUCAAGCGGAGGAAGACGCAGAAAGCUCAACAGAAGAAGAAGAAGAGAUGAUGUGAUUGGUGGCACGCGCACAACCGACGGCGUUCGAGUGGGUGGAGCUACACGAGAAGGCGACGACGUGAAAUAACAUUGGCGGUGGAUGGGGACCCACCUGUCAUGGUGUUUCCACUGUUCACUCAGUGUCUCCUCAUCAAGACACUGACCAAGUGAGCGAUGGACCUUCCCGUGACUGGCCACCUGUUGACUGAGUUGUAGCAGUCACAUGACUGUGUUUGUUCAGGUAACUAUGGGGGCGUUUGUUCCCCAGGCCUCACUGGAUAUGAUGGAAUACAUUUUUUUCCCCCGCUUGCGAUGGACUUUGGCUGGUGACAGCGCCGCAACACAGGGCAGUGGACUCUAAUGUGUUUGGGAAGGACGUAUUGUGCCAUAUUGCACUGCACAUAGACGUUUUCAGACAGGGUCAAAUUGACACUUGAUUGUUGUCAUGUAACCAAUGUGUCAAGCCUUUUGUUCAAUCAGUUCCUUGAUGAUGAAAAAGAGUGAACAUGUUAAUUGCAUAUGAGCAUUUUAAAAUUGGCCAAACAAUGUAUGUCUUGCAAAUAUGUUUGGAAAUGUCUGUCGUGCAUUUCAAAAUCCAUACAAAAAUACAUUAUAUGGCCAAUUGUUCACAUAUUUCACCUAAAAGGUAUAAAAAAAUAUAUAUAUAUAUUUGAAAUGUUAUUUUUUUCCUUUAUGCGUGAACACAAUUAAAUGAUGACAAUGAGAUCACAUGUUGAAAACCACUAUCACGUUGGUGCCAUGGACACUCCUUUUAGUGUGACCUUUGAAUUUACAAUCAAAAUCAGUAUUUUGUCUCCAUGUUGCUGAAUGGAGGUCGAGAGCAUUCGGAAUAAGCUUGCUAAUGAAGAUUCAAUAAGAGAACCAUAGACAGGCGGUUGUUUAUUAACAUCAGUGUGAGGACGGCAGUGUAUCAUCAGUGAUAAAUCUUCAUGAUCUGCACUAGUUAGGCUAUUAAAUGUCUCCACUCUUUGGCCUGGGUGAGGUCGAGGUGGGCUGUACUUCCUGUGUUGGGCGGUGGGGGAUUGUGUCUUGUGUAAUUCUGUUGAUUGGCAGGCACAGUUGGCUCAGCGUACUCUGAACAUUCCCUCGUGGCCUGGCUAGUUGUCUGGUCUUGACCCUGAAUCCCAAAAGUGUCAGACAGGCCUGGGACCUACUGUACUUUGGUUCUGAACCUGGUCUCCAAGGAGUCACUGAUUGGACAGGUUCUCUGACGCCCAGGAUCAUUCUAUUCAAAUUCCCAUUAACCAGAACUGUUUUUGCACGGCAUGAACUUACAGAAGUAUAAAUACAAAUAAUAGAUUAUUUUGGACCCUAUAUAAUUCCACAUUUGGGAUCUCCAUUAAAUCUUUCAGUAAUGCCACACACAGGCAAUGUGAUUCAGCAGGAAUAAAGGAUCCUAAAAUAUUCUUUAUAUUUAGAAAUAUUUAGGGAUAUAUGAGGACAGCACUGCAGAGAUCUGCUCUGAGGAACUUCAUAUUCUGGUUAUCACCUCACAUAUUUUGACAUUGUAAUGUUUGAAGAGCUGGCUGACAGGAGUAGGACAUGAACAAUCCUGGGUGUCGGAGGAGAACUUGUCAAGUCAAUGCCUCCUUUGCCAAGAGUCUGAGGCAACUGUGCCUGUGCCCUUUGGGUUCGUUCCAGAGUGUAGAUCAAGCAUGGGAUUGUUGCUGAUACAUUCAUUCUUCUUGGGUCCUUGCCGUUUCUAGAAUCGUUGGCCCAUGUUGACGCGGUUCCUUUGACAUUCAGCUUCUCCAGGCCACACAAUGAUCGUCUGGCCUGGGCAGAGUUUGGGUACCUGGAGCUUCCAUGUUCUGUAGAGACAGUCAAGUAAAUGCACUUUAUUGGUCCGUUUUCUGACCUUAGAACUUGCAUCGUCUGAUUUUUGUAUGAAAUUCACAACGAUACUAAAAUAGGUGAAGUAUUGCUUCGAAGGAAGCGUUUGUUUUAUAUUUUGUUAUGCUGUUACCACAUUGGAAUGGCAGUUCUGUUACACUGUUUUGCUGCGAGAGGGAGGGGUGCUCAUAUUCAUGUCUGUCUGUAUCUAUUAGUUCACCUUGAAUAAAACACAAUAACUUUA